AUGGCGACAAACGGCACUCACAAGGCUGCAAAGAUUGGCUACAUCGGCUUAGGCAAUGCUGGCUAUCCAUUGGCCUCGACGCUGUCCCGCGCAGGAUACACGCUGGUUGUCCGGGAUGCAGAUGCAGCCAGAGCAAAGCGUUUCGGGUCAGAACAUCAGCACGCAGUGGCUGCCUCGGGUAAUAGUGACUUUAGCGAUGUAGACGUGCUAAUCACAAUGCUACCCAAUGGCGAGAUCGUGCGAGACGUCCUUCUCGGCGACGGGAACUUGGCGAAGACGCUGCAAGAUGGCGCAGUCAUCGUGGACACUUCAUCAUCUUCCCCAUUCCACACAAGGGAGACGGGCAGACUGUUGCACGAGCUAAAUCCGUCAUUGACCCUUAUUGACAGCCCCAUUACCCAGGAAUACGCCUUCGCGCUCGCCAAAGGAGACGCGACGUUGAUGGUCGGCUGCUCAAACCCGGCAGCGUUGGAGAUCGCGAUGCCUGUGCUAAAGACCUUGGGCAAGCACGUCUUCGUUAUGGGCGAGUUAGGAGCCGGUCACGCGAUGAAGACACUCAAUAAUUACACCUCUGCCGCGAGCAUACUGGCCUUGUGUGAUGCGCUGAUUGCGGGCCAGAAGUUCGGGCUCGACCCGGCCAAAAUGAUCGAUGUGAUGAAUGUUGGGACAGGGGUGAACUUUAGCACGAAAGAGAGCUUCCGGACUGAUGGUCUCACGCGCCGCUUCCAGUCUGGCUAUCAGCUGUCAUUGUUGGUGAAGGACAUGAAGAUCGCAAAGGUCGUCAUCGAAUCCAUGGGCGUGCCGUCAUCGCUACCUGCAUUGAUUGUCGAUGAAUUGUCAGAAGCGGAUCGCGUUGCAGGUCCUGGCGCUGACCACACCCAGUGCAUACAGGGUUGGGAGAAGAAGUCUGGGGUGCAGCUUAAGCAGAGCGAAGCCGUAAAUUGA